CACGGCGCAGAUCAUCAGGUAUGAUCCGUUAUAUUACGUCUACGUCUACGCUCAGCACGGCGCUGAUAAUCAACGUCUGGGAAGUAAAUUUGCAUCUGAGCUGGACCUUAUGUUCGGGGCUCCAUUCAGCGAUGUCACCACUCCACCUACAUCAUCAAGAAGCUACCAUAACUCCCCGGGACCUUACUCUAAUUCACCGGAAUCUUAUGCUGACAAACCGGGAUCAUAUGGGACAUCCCGACAACACCUUUCCCGUCCCGAAUUUGGUUUUCAAUUUGAGGACUCAGUUCCGAGUGUGGUGUGGGUCUCAACAAGUAACUACACCCGAAAUGAUGCUCAUGUGUCCGAAAUACUCAUGAAGUUGUGGUCAACAUUUGCGAGAUCUGGAACUCCUAAUGGGCAAGAAAGCAGCCAGCCAAACUUUAGUUAUCCUGAACGUUCACGUUUCAAAAACUUGACGUGGCAAAAAUACGAUCCUGUCUACGAGAACUACCUGGAAAUAAGUUCUCGGCCGCGCAUGCGUGACCACUACCGCGCUCACCAGGUGGCGCUCUGGAACUGGCUGCUGCCGGAGCUGCAGCUGACGUCAGACGCUCUGCAUGACGAGGAGGCCAGAUCCUGGCACCACAGUGACGAUCCUGACUACUUCGUAGGACCUGUCAGACCCUUGGACCCAUACAGAUUUUUAAAGGCGACUCCAGCGUCAUUUACAUCACCCCUACCAAUGCUUCCCAAUCCACGCAACGAGUUUUUGGGUCCGAACAUCAGCGCGACUCACGGCGUUGGUGUAAGCCGUGCAAACAUUUCCACGUCUGGGCAAGAUUCCGAGAGAAAUCCAUUGCUGGAUUACACGACGGCCCUGACCCUAACUGUGGCAAUUGGCUUGUCCCUGCUGGUCCUCAACGUGAUGUUAUUCGCAGCGCUGCUAUACCGCAGAGAACGCAGCCAAAUGGGCUCCAAAAUAACAUACGACAGCGUUAGCGUUCAACCUCUCUGCACCGUCGAUAGUGGAAUCCGAGGGGCACCAGGGACCACGCAAGGAAGCAUAACGCCACCUGGCAAAGAGGUGUUGGUGGCUACAACCUGCACCGCGGAUAUUCAAGUAACGGAACUACGGACAUUCCCUACGCCACCAGAUAUCGGGGAUCGCAACACGGAAGUGACAUCGUACACCGCAGGGCCUGGAAAGAGGAACGGGUGCAGUGCUCUCUCAACCAGUCAGUUCAUCCCGCCACCUCCUCUGCAGGCCACAUCCACAGCCUCGCAACAUGCACUCACUGAUUCGGACAUUAAUUCUUCCUUAGGUACUUCCGUAGUUAUGGGUACACCGGGCCCCCCUUGCACUGCAGGGGGCUUAUGUUCCCUGUCCCCCGGCCAUCAAGUCACUCAGUUCCCUACCACUUCAGUAAGUUACUGCCCUCCUCCUCAGUACUGCAACGAGUUCCCCGUAAGUCAGUAUUCCCCAAAUACCUACAACGGGAGUUCUUCAUGUCAAUUUUCAAACCCCAAUCAGUUCCCGAGCCCCACGAAUUGCGGUGGUGGGAACCUUUCCCUCCAGCGCAACAGUGGAACAUCUGCUCCGCAACGUUCUGCCACCCUCAACAGAAGUGGAGGACCAAAUUCUGUUUGUCUCGUCAAUUCACGGAAGCCGAAACCCCCGCGCAGAGAUUCGUCUUCUUCUUCUGUGAACGCUGGCUCUACUUUUGCCACGUUGCCCCGACAGUCGUCUUUGGAUUCUAGCUCUCAUAUUAUAGCCUAGGCUUUAAUCAAGGGUAGCGUUUAAUUCCCUAUGUGAAUAUCAAAUGAUUUUUAUAUAUCUGAUGACAACUUGUUAAAAUUAGAAUUAAGGUCUCGUGGCGCUAAUGCAUAAUCGAGUCAUUGAAAAAAUUGGACAGAAGUAAAAUUUUUCCCCGUCUUUAGAGAAAUCGUGUGCAUUACCUCAUUUAGUUUCUCAUAAAGACGAUUAAGAAUGAGUUUACAGAGAUAAAAACUCUAAUAAAAAUAAAACUCAGUACUCACUGCAGUGAGUG